UGUUUUGGAGUGACAGGUCGCAGUCAGAGUACACGCCCUUUUUACCUCACCUCUGACUUACCGUCUCGCACGCAGGUAGAGUUGCCCACAUCGGCAGGAGGCGAGGGACAGAGAGGUGGAAGACCUGUUUUUUUUUUUUCGCCUUUUGCAGCUACUGCGGCGAAGACUUUUCACUGUCCUUUGUUUUCGAAGCGUGAUUUUAUUCUGUUUGACUCCCUCGAGUGACUGAUGGAAAGGGCAUCCUGCUAGGGCCCACCUAGCGACAUGUCCUUCAUAACGAGCCUGCGUGCGAUAGUCAGUUAACAGAUCAUUUGCCCAUUUUGAGAGGACACACGCAGCCAGCGUCCUCUACCCAUGGCCUUCCUUCAACAGCUGCGGCUUCUUCUCUGGAAGAACGGGCUCACAGUCAUCAGACAGCCGUUAUGGUCCCUGACUCUCAUCGGCUGGCCUCUGGUCAUCUUCAUCAUCAUUGCUGUGACCCGCAACCAGUUUCCUCCAGUAAUAAAAGAGACAUGUUACGUGGCACCCAGAAACCUACCCAGCACAGGCUUCUUCCCUUUCCUGCAGACCCUCAUGUGCAACGCAGACAGCAACUGUCAUAACACAUCACGCCUGGUGGACCCAGCAUCCAGGUCCACUCGUAAAUCUUCAGGGACUACAAGGUCAACUCUCGUACCAGAGGAUUCCCAACUAGCAAAACUGGUUCAAGGGAGCAAUUUUUUCAACUUUGAUUUCUCUAGUGACCUGAGAACGAAUCCUGAAGCACUGGUUGAGGUCUUGAACAAGUUUGUUGGUUCAGCAUUCCACGGAAAUCCUAAUAAUGUCUCUCUCAUCAAUUCCACUCUUCUGGGAAAUCAGGAGACCAUGAACAAAAUGCUGCAAACAGUGACUGUGUUGAAGAGGGCCAUCUGCACCGUGGCACUGCCCAUGAUAAACACAACCUCACCCAAUGCCUUCAGCUAUUCUGUGGUGACUUUCUGCAAGUCCAACAGCACUGUGUUAGAAGUCUCGCUCCAAACAUUCAACCAGAUACUGACGGAGCUGAUGCUGACAAAACCAGAAGAGAUGGCGACGGCGGCAGGGAUGAUGUUGAUGUUGUUUGAUCAGCUGCAAAAUCAGACUUCGCUGUGGGACAGUCUCCUAGCUCUUCCCCAGCUCCUCUCUCAUGGUUCUGUUGACCAAGUGCUGGCUAGCACAGAGGUUCUGCUCACCAACAUACAGGGUACUAUGCAUGUCAUCCAGAGCAGCUUCCCUGAAGCUGGUGCCUCGCUUUCCAUCGUGCAUCCAGUGCUUGUUGGAGGCAUCAACCUGAUCCACUAUGGUCAAAACUGGCCUGGCAAAGAUGUGUCCAUUCCCCUCGGAGAUGUUGUCACGUUGCACAAUGACUCACUAAGUGAAAUGGUGCGACAUGUUCUACAAGAGGUCCAGAUACCACUGGACAAGGCUAUCGGCCUUACACUGGACAAGAACAUGGUGCAUUCCUACCUGUGUGACAACAGCAGUAACCCACUUUGGCUAACAGCAGCGUGCAGCACAGGCACUGUGGACCUGCUUCUGAGUUGGAUCAGCCCUGACAAGGUGGCAAAGCAGGCUCUCCUGGCAUGGAGUAGGCAUGUUGCUCCACAUGAUUUGUCCUUCACCAAAGGGCUGCUGCACAGUCUGAUUGGAAGUGUAUCCCCAGGAGGACAGGGAGGUUCCAACAUCACGAGGGCCCGCCGUAGCAUAGAUACACAACCACAAAAUAUUGAGGAGGAGCUGUUUCUGAACAUUGGUCAAGUGGUGCUGGAGAUUAUAAAAAUUGUCCCCGAGGUGGACAUGGUUGUCCAGGCCAUCCUCAGAACUGGCUUUCAGUCCAUGACAAUGGGAACACUGACCAUAGACACUGUAGAAGAAAUUAUGACCAAUGUCCUGAAAGAUGCCAAUCAACUCAAAUGGGCUUAUCUAACGUUGAUGACAAACCAGUCUGAGGCAAGCAUUUGGAUUGGUCGUAUCCUGGACAGUGUGAUGGAAACGAUUACAAAGAGUCUGGCAUCUGAGUCUGUUACAUGUGAGGAUCUCCUGGGUCCCUUUGAGUGGCUGUUAAACGCAGAGAGCGUAGAGGUCGAUGUGUUGAGAUCAGUGAUCUGCCAAAACAGCUCUACUCUACAGCAUGCUCUACUGAUGGACUGGCAGCCGCUGAUUCAGAAGGCAGAAGAGUUGUACGCCACACUCACAGGUUCAGCAGACUACAGUGUAACACUUCCCAUGAUUCUCUCUGAGUGGCACAAGUUGAACAACAGCAGCAUGCAGUUUGGAGAGCUUUUGUACAGACUGAGCACAGAGCUGGGUGGAGCAUACUGGAUGAACUGGAUGCCAGACAUUAGCACCCAAAAUGUUACCGAGACUCUUCAACAAAGUGUUUUCUUGUUCAUGGUGAAAUUUGGAGAGAAGAUUGAGCAGAGUCAACUGUGGCCCAUGGUAAAGAGCUACUUCCACACGAUUAACUGGGUUUUGCACUACAGGCCUGGCGUCACAUCUCAGCUGGCAAACUGUUCUGUUGACAGCUUCACCAUGGCCAUUCAUUGUGACACUGGUUUGAACUGGCCACAGUUUGUUCACACAGUGACUCAGGCUCUGAUGUCACCAAGUGAAGAACUCCUCGUGAAUAGUCUCAAAGGAACUUUAAGACUGUUGCAGCAUGUGUAUGGUGACUUCACUAAACAUCUGGCAGCAUCAUUUUUGAAAGAAGAAAUCAAAGGCGGAAAUGCACUCUCUGUCUACCUGAUUAACCUGAUGCAUAACUUGGAUAACUUUCUCCAGACUGUCUUCACCCUUCCUGACAGCAGCAUCUCAAACCCUCAUGUCAUGCUUCCCCACCUUAAUAAUCUGUUGCAGUCCACAGGUCUGGCACCACUGUUGCCUCUGUUCCUUAGUGACAGCCCCAUUAAUGUCUCCACAGUGCUUGAUAUUGCAUCAAAGCUUGGCAGGCACAACCAGCACAUUUUUACCUUCAAUGAGACAGACCCAACAAUGCCUGAGCUUGAGCAGCUGGUGAUGAAAUUCCUUUCCUUGGAGGGUAACCUCACUAUGUCUCUCCCACACAUGAUGGGGCACAGUCUGCUUAUCUAUUCUGACUACUUCCACCCUGACGAAGUGGCCCUUUUGAGAAAAGCCAUCCAGCCUUUCACCAAUCAAACAUCAGCAGGCAUCGUAGAGGCCAUCCUUAGUUCCAUUGAGCUACUGAGAACAGUGAUGAAUUCCCCAAAUGGUGACCCAACUAACAUCAUUCUUGGUUACAUACGCCAACUUCAAGAAUUGGUGAUGUCUAUGUACAGACUACGAAAAAUUGAACACGCCCCGUUACCAAGUGGGCAGCUAAGCGCAGCGCAAGUCACUGAUCUCCACCUGCUUUCUAAGGAUUUUAUCAACCUCCUCACCCCUGAGAGUCUUCAGAACCUGACUCAGAUGGGACCAGAUGCUGCUCAGAACAUUGUUAUCCAGAAAUUUGUAGCAUUCCUACCACAGGAGGUCCAACAAGAAGCUUCUCGCUUUCUACACGAUUUCAAAGCUCUGCAGAAUCAGAUGAACAAAUGUGCAGCAGGCCAGGACUGUUUGGCUGGAAUCUCAGAGAUCCUCACAUUCCUUGAUCAGAUAUUUGACUUGAUGCUCUCAGCUGAUGGAAGUGUCACCAUCAAAGUAGCUGCAACCAACUCUGUUCUGGUGGGACGGGAAUAUGAGGAACUUGCAACCAGCUUCUUCUCACUCCUCCUGCACCCAAAUGAUGCUGCCUUUGUGGUAACAGUCAAACAGACUCUUCAUUUCAUCAGAUUGCUCAUGGUUACACCAAAUAUUUCUGUGUCUGAUGUCCAGAAUGCUCUGAGACAGUCAAACCUGACCCUUGAGGAUCUGAAUAACUUUGCUGCACAAGCUGGAGCUGCCAACAUUAACCAGCUGAUGGUUAAUAUAGGGACUAUCAGUACUCGCCAGUGUUUCGAACCACAACAAGACUCAAUGGUGACAGUCCAGUGUGUUAUGGGAUUGAUAAAUGAUGUCAGCGGUUUCCUGAUACAUGUACCAUAUCUCCAAAAUGAGACUUCCAUCCUCUCCCUCAUCCCAUUAAUUGUCAAUAACACUUUCAGAGAUGUUGUGCAUGUUAACUUCAGCUCCAAUCCAAACAUGGUUCUUGUGCACACCUUGACCAGCAUCCUGGCUAAUAUUAAGAUGACCCUCCAGUUGAAUCAGCUGGACACACCAGAGAUCAUGAAUGAAAUCAAAGUGGUGGAGGGUCUGAUAAAACUAAUUGCCAACACAGAACCAUUCAGCAAUUUUAACACCACCUUGAUGAUGGACCCUGUGUAUGCCCAGACAGUGUAUCUGCAGAUUGUGGAAUGGUACUUACGGAGGCUAGAAAAUAUCACCAGCAACAGCGCCAUCUCAGAGCUCCUCCAUCCAUUUUUCGAGCUCACACAAAUGCAAGUGACAUUACAGCUUGCACAGACAGAUUUCUCUGUGUUUGUCAGUAACCACAUUGAGGUCCUGAUAAACAGCCUCCAGUACCCAAUAGAUGGUGUAGGGGUGAGUAAAAUUGGCCAAACAAUUGUUCAGCUUCUCCGGCGUCUAUUUGAUUUAAUAAAGCUCAACCUAGAGGUUCAGAAUAACAUGGUUUAUGGCUCAGAGCCGAUGUUUAACACAACCAUUCUGAAUGCCAUUGAGUUUCAAAUAAACAUAUACCUUGACCUCAUAGAGAGCUGGAUGAAACAACCCAAUGCCUCAUUGGCCCUCACUAGUAUGUUCCAAUGGGGAAACCCCUCCAUAAAUAUGUCCACCCCUCUUAAAGACUUCCAGCACCUGCUGCAGACGGUGGUUCCUUUUCUCAGUGAUAAUCAGCUGGCCUACCUCUCUAUCAUUGACAAUAUCACCCAGUCCCUGAGCAAAGCCCUAAUGGCUGCAGAGCAACCAGGUGGCCUGCAGAGUGAUCACUUCUUAGCCGCCAUCUUGGAAGCAGUCCAAAGUGCCAUAGAGAUCCUGACCGGAGUCACGGGCCCCCUGCCGCUGUCUGUACAGAAGAACAUCCUGGAAAUUGUGCAGGAUUCAUUAAAGCUCAUUGUCCAACCAGAGAUGAGUUUUGCCUCAUCACGCAACAUCUCCCUCUUUAUCCUCACUAGAGCUGAGCACAUUGUCCAACAGACAAUACCAGACAUGUUUGCUGUAUACCUGCUUUCUGGAAUCAAAGUAAUCACCACAUAUUUUGAGAGCAUCUCCACAGUUAGUGGACCAGACAACUGGAAUCAAAUGAUUUUGAAUGAGAUGAUGACCAUCCAGAGCCUCCUUCCACCAAACAGCACAGCCCAGGCCUAUGUUUCUGUGUUCAUUAACAUCACUCACUUCAUCUUGGAGUCUGGCCAAGGCAACAUGAGUCUCUGGGCAAGUCUUGAGAAUGCAUCAGUAGGAAAUGUGCAAAUAAUUAUUUGCCAGAUGGGCAAACUCGUGAGCAUGCUUUGGCCGCUCUUCAUGGGAAGCCCAGGAAGCCCAGUUUUAGAUCGCAUAGUUGCUUCAUUUCUGGAGGGCUUUGCUUACCUUUCCCCAUUCCUAGAGCAGGUGAUGACUGGACACACAGACCAAGACACAUGGGACAAACUUGAAAAGAUGCUGGAAGCCCUACUGUCAACACUUGAGGGAACAGAGUUAUGGAACAAUGUCUCAUAUGUUAUCCCGCUGUUUGAAAAAAGCAUUGGAAGUGUUGUGAACACCAUGCAAGCAGAGAAUGCGUUGGUACUAAGCCUUCAGAUACCUGUGCUGACCCUGAUGAGAGAAAUCGCACAGUCUCUGAACUCCAGUCAUUUCAACUUGUCUUUGGUCUCAGAGAGAAUGCAGUUUGCCAUUGCACGCACGAUGGAGGCAGCUCAGCAGGCUAAUGGCACAUUGAAGUGCAGUGAAGCUCUCAUAGUAUGGGGGCCAGUAAGAGAGGCAGCAGGAUUAAGCCAUGACACAAUGGCUAUGUGGUGCAACAUCAGCCUGCAGCCUGUUUUGGAGGCCCAUGCUGCUGCCCAGACUGUCUACUCCCACCUGAGCAUGAGCCACAUGGAUGUGGGACCAGUGACUGUGAGUGCCGCAGCUGCUAGGAUUGUCAUGACCGUACAACUUCUCUACCAAGCCAGUGUUAACCGAACACUUGUGACACAGCAGCUCAUCAUGACUUUCUCCAGCCAACUUUCUAUGCUGACAGGCCAGCCUAUGAGCCCUGAGGAUCAGCUUUACUGGUACAAGCAGCUCCAGGACAUGCAGUUACAAAACAGCUUGUCUUAUAUCAGAAUGCUCACAGAUGAGCUGCUUAAUGUGGCCCCAUCCCUCCAUACUUACAUUGAAGCUAUGGAGAAAGCACUGCAUCACUUUUUGAGCAAUGUCCAUCUUGUUCAAGACAGCAGCUCAUCCCAGGACCUCCUCAAACAGGUAGCAAUGAUCUUCCUAACCUCUGCGAACAUCACUUCAGAUGACAUUUUCACCAUGAUGAGCGGAGAUAUUUCUGGACUCAGUGCGACAUCUCUAACCAACGUAAUGAGACAAGCCGUCAAACUGAUGAUCGAUCUGUAUAUAUUUGGGGAUGCACCUAUGGUUUACCAUGCCUUGGAGCAAUUCCUGGCAUCCAAUGACACAAACUUGAUUGUACAGAAAGUGGACGAGAUGUUCAUGUGGUUGGCCUCCACUCAAGCGUCUGGGCUGGAUCUGCUGACCCAGGCACUGCCCAAAAUAUAUGACAUCCUCAGGUCUAUCUUGUCUGCCCUGGCCCAGACUGUGGACAUGCCAGCAGAUGCGGGGCAGUUUGAAGACCUAGCUAGAAACAUAAUUGCAAUGCUGAGGCAGUUGGUGACCACUGGUGGUCUUCUGCCUCCCAUGCAACAUCAGGGUAUGUUUCAGCUGAAAAUGAUGGGUGGUAACCAUUCGAUGAAGAUCCGAAACAGGCGCGAGGCUCCCUUGAUGCCAACAAGGGACCCCAUGGAUGACUUCGUAGACCUGUUCAACAUCAACUACCCUGCCAUGUUCCACGCCCUGUCAGUCCCUCCUACGACAGGAGAAGUUAUGGAGACAGUGCACAUGUUCUUUACCAAUCCUGAUCUGAGUGUUGUGUUGAACGGAGUUACAAGUGACAUGCCGUGGGGCUUGAAUGCCUCUCGGGAAGAGACCAUCAAUGCUGUCCUUGGGGUGCUUUCUGCUGUCACUCUACCGGGAGCACUUCAAAUGUCAUCAAUGGAUCUCCUGGCAAAUGCUGCUGAUAUGCUUCCUGUUGGCUUUCCAUUCUCCUCUCUGCUUAAAAAUAUCACCAGAGCUCUGGCCAAUGAGUCUCAAGAGAACCUGAUGCUCUUGCAGCAGACCAUUCAAACAGCCACUGAGCUCUUCCAAAUCAGCGUGACAGACCCACAGUUCAUGAAGCAACUCGGCCGCUUGAGAUCCCAGGUGUGUGCCUUGGAGAGUAUGGAGUUUGUCCGUCUGUUGAUGCGGUCCCUCUCCUUAGAGCCUGGUCAGCUGUGCCACACUUUUUUGCCCAGCCUAGAGAUCCUGGUCGAAAGUCUGUUGAUGAACAUAACCUCUAUGGCUGAUACCAUCUUCCAGACUGUCAUCGGGGAUCCCAGCUCCUACAGUGUCAGGGCAAACUGGACCUCUGUGCUGACUCAGGGUUUUGACUUUGACAUCAGCAGCCUGAGCUCUCUCAAUAUUACCAUUACCUCCCCGGGAGCGGUGACGGUCAGUGAGAUGCUGAGAAAUAAAACAGCCUUUGUUCUGGAUGUUCAGCAAUACAUGGAUUUUGAUCCAGUGACUCUGCACCUGCUGAUGGAAACCACUCUACCAAACAGCAAUUUACAGAUCCUGUCCUGGUUGAUCAACCUGCGUCAUUGCAACUCCACAGCACCUGCGAACAUGAAAGAGACAGAUGUGGUCAUCCUAAAGACCUUCUGCUCCAUGUCUGUUGAACAGUGGUACAGCUUUGUGCUCCUGAUGGCUCGUCAUCUCAACCUGGAAAAACUCAUCUACAGAAUGGUGUUGUCUGAGGAAAUACAGGGCCUGGUGGGAGUUAUGCUACAGAUGGUCGAGGUUAUAACAGGCAUGAUGGACAAGAUUCUUCCUGCCAUUGAUCAGCUACAAAGUUACCUGUUCUCCUUCCAAGACCUCAACCUGCAGGCCAACAUCCAGUUCAAACAAAUGAUAAGAAGGCAGAGGUCCACCAUGUCUACCCAAGCUACGUUUGUCACUAUCUCUCGAGCGCUGUGCAGCAAAGGUAUCCUGGCUCUGUUUGGGAUCUCCAAACUGCCUGCCAUGUCGGAGUCAAACCCCUCCCUCCUUGAUGACCGCCAGAGGGAGGAGAUGAUCGAGAGGUUCAAGAUUCCACGGAAUGCCACUCCCUUUUGUACGAACAUGUACCUGGACAUGGUCAAUACCACAGGAGGAGCCAUCGCCUGGGCCUUCCUCAAGCCAAUGCUGAUGGGACAAAUCCUGUACACCCCUGACACCCCUGUCACUCGGUCCAUAAUGGAGAAGGCCAAUGCCACCUUGCAGGAGUUUGCAAAUCUGAGGAAGUACUCCAAAGACUGGAUUGAAUCCUCCAACUACCUCAUAAAUUCUGCCGAAAUACUCAGCCAAACUUUGCCAACGCUGCAGAAUUCCCUUGGCAAUUCCUUUGUGAAGAAUUUCAUUGAGAUGCAGACAGACAUCGAUGUCGGCAGAAUGAAGGAGACGCUCAGCAACUUCUCUAACAUGACAGUGUUGCUGGAAAAGAACAAACAUGUACUGGAUCAGAUAACCACCUUGUCCACCCUGAUGGUGGACCUCUCCUCCUGUAUCAAGUUUGACCGUUACCGUGGCUUUAACUCUGCCGAGCAGCUCAACAGCGAAGCUCAGGAACUUGCCAAAAAUCGGGAUCUCUACGCAAGUGUCAUCUUCAAGCUUCCUAAAGAUGAGGACUCAUCCAGGAAACGCCAGGCCAGGUCCUCCUCCGCCUUCACUGCCACAUCUUCCCUGCCUCCUAAAGUCAGCUACACCAUCCGCAUGCAUAUGGACAAUGUCAUGCGUACUGACAGAGUCCGGGACCCCUAUUUUGUGAAGGACACACACAUCCUGGCCAGGCAGACAAUGCGAUACAACCGGGGCUUUAUCUACCUCCAGGAAAACAUCGAUCGGGCUAUCAUUGAGACCCAGACAGGGCGGAAAGUCACAGAGCCAGCCGUCCAGCUGCAGCCCUUCCCCUAUCCAUGCCAUUUCCGUGAUGAGUACCUGGAGGCCAUCUCUUUUGUCUUCCCUCUCAUGCUGAUGAUAGCCUGGGUGCUGUUUGUGGCUGACUUUGUGAAGAAACUGGUGCAUGAGAGAGAGCUGAGGCUGCAUGAGUACAUGAAGAUGAUGGGAGUCAACCCACUCAGCCACUUCUUUGCCUGGUUCCUGGAAUGCGCCGCCUACCUGGUGCUGACCAUCUUCAUCCUCACCCUGGUGCUGAAGUACGGCAGAAUCCUGCCCCACAGUGACGGCUUCCUCCUUUUCUUGUACCUCUGUGACUAUGGUUUGAGCAUCCUGGCCUUCAGUUACCUGGUCAGCUCCUUCUUUGACAAGACCUACAUCGCCGGCCUAAGUGGUAGUCUCCUUUACAUCCUCUGCUUCUUCCCUUUCAUCGUGGUCAUGGCCCUGGAGACGAAUCUCACCUUUUCCCAGAAGAGCAUUCUGAGCGUGUUUUCCCCGACCUGUUUCAGUUACGCCAGUCAGUAUGUCUCUCGCUACGAGGCUCAGGGAGAAGGAAUUCAGUGGAGCAACUCAUACAGCUCACCCAUUGCUGGUGACACAGCAUCAUUUGGUUGGCUGUGCUGGCUGAUGCUCAUUGACUCAGUCCUCUACUUCAUCAUUGGGGUUUACAUCCGCAUGGUCUUCCCAGGAAAAUAUGGCAUCCCAGCUCCAUGGUACUUCCCCUUCAAAGCCUCCUUCUGGGCUGACCUGUGCUGCUGCAUCAAGCCAAAGAGUAAGGUGGGCAAAGGACUCUUCUUUGCCAACGUCAUGCAGAAGAACCAGCCCGUCUUCGCCAAUGUCAAGGGAAAAGGCCAGAGCAGUCUUUCCUCCCAGGCUGGUGAGGAUUUCUCUGAGCUUCCAGUAGGCGUUGCCCUCCAUGGUCUAAGCAAGAUGUACGGCGACCGAAUAGCUAUUGAAAACCUUAAUGUUUCCUUCUACGAGGGCCAUGUCACCUCACUGCUUGGUCACAAUGGAGCUGGCAAGACCACCACCAUGUCUCUCCUGACAGGCCUUUUCGCCCCAUCAUCUGGCGCAAUCGAGGUGUACGGCAGAGACAUGCAGACCAACAUCGAUGAUGUUCGCAAAGAGCUGGGCGUCUGCAUGCAGUACGACGUCCUCUUUGACCACAUGACCACCAAGGAACACCUGCUACUAUAUGGCCAGAUCAAGGCCCCGCACUGGUCACGCAGGGAACUGCACGAGCAAGUCCGAAAGAUCCUAGAGGAGACAGGCAUGUAUGCUCACAGACACAAGCGAGUGGGCACCCUGUCGGGCGGCAUGAAGCGCAAGCUGUCAAUCUCCAUCGCCUUCAUAGGAGGCUCUCGCUUGGUGGUUCUGGAUGAACCCACCACAGGAGUUGAUCCUUGCUCCAGGCGCAGCAUCUGGGACAUUGUUAUCCAGCAUAAGAAACACCGCACCAUCAUCAUGUCCACUCACCACCUGGAUGAGGCUGAAGUGCUGAGUGACCGCAUCGCCUUCCUGGAGAGAGGAGGAUUAAAAUGCUGCGGAUCUCCCCUCUACCUGAAAGACAAGCUGGGUCAGGGCUACAAACUCACCCUCACCAAGAAGAUGCAGAACCCAGAAUCUGAACAAAUUGACAGUGCUGAACUGAAGUUAUUCAUCCAAGCCCAUGUACCUGAGGCACGGCUGAAGGAGGCCCAGGGGGGCGACUUGGUCUACUCACUACCCCCCUUCACCUCAUCCAAUGCCUCCUCAUACCGCUCUCUCCUGACUGCGCUGGACUCGAACCUGGACGCCCUACAGCUGGGGGGCUAUGGCAUCUCUGACACCACCCUAGAGGAGGUGUUCCUCCAGUUGACUAAUGGAGCUACAGAAGGCGGGGCUGAGGAUGCCCCCUUGUCUAUCUCAGAGACGAUUUCUGACACAGGAUCCCUUGACAGCUUCCCUUCAGACCCCAGUGAAAGCUACGGUGACAGGAUCAAGCUUACUGGUUCAUCCAUGGUGCGCGGCAUGGCCCUGGCCUGGCAGCAGAUGUCUGCCAUACUGAUCAAGAGGUUCCACCACAGCCGCAGAGACUGGAAGGGCCUGAUCUCCCAGAUCCUGCUUCCUGUUCUGUUCGUGGUGUUUGCUAUGGGCCUGGGCUCCAUCAAGAACGACCUGCGGCACUAUCCUGAGCUGGAGCUGAGCCCCGCGCUCUACAACAUCGGACCAAGCUACUCCUUCUUCAGAAACCAAAAUCCCAACUCCAGCCAGCUGGUGGACACCAUGAUGUCGUUCCCUGGGAUCGAUAACGCCUGCCUCGACAAGUCCGAUAACCCGGUCUGCACAAGAAACACAAACAACUGGAGGUCCAAGGGGAACAGCUCCAAACCAUUUACAAUCUGUAAAUGCACCAGUCAGGAACAGAUUUGUGAGGGGGACAACUUCCAGCCGCCGCAUAAGAAGACCCCCUCGUCUCAGAUUGUUUAUAACCUCAGUGGCAUCAAUCUGGAGAAUUACCUGGUGGCCACAGCCAAUGACUUCAUCAGGAACAGGUAUGGUGGCUUUGAUUUUGGCAUGCAGCUUCCUCCUGACUUAAAAAUGGACGUCAGAGCAGUGCCCAAAAACCGCACACUGUCUAAGGUCUGGUUCAACCCCGAGGGCCACCACACAAUGCCUGCAUACUUAAACAGCAUGAACAACUUCAUCCUACGCUCCAAUCUUCCAGCAGACAAGGAUCCACGUAAAUAUGCCAUUUCAGUUUCCAGUCACCCCUAUUUCGGGCGGCCAGAUGAUGAGGAUGCAGUUGUUCAGGGAAUGCUCCAGAUCCUCGUGGCUAUGUGCGUGCUGACGGGUUACUCAAUCACGACAGCCAGUUUCGCCAUCUAUGAAGUCAACGAGCACCACAGUGGCUCCAAGAGGCUCCAGCACAUCGCCGGCAUCAGUGAGCCCUUCUACUGGGCUGUGAACUUCUUUUAUGACAUGGUCAUCUAUCUGAUCCCUGUGAUGCUGACUGUCGGUGUGGUCGCAGCCUUCCAGAUUCCAGCAUUCACAGAUCGGCAAAAUUUGGGUGCCAUCACCCUCCUUCUAGUGCUCUUCGGGUUUGCUACCUUCCCUUGGAUGUAUCUCUUAUCAGGCAUCUUCAAGGAUGCAGAAAUGGCCUUCAUCACCUAUGUGUGCAUCAACCUCUUCAUCAGCGUCAACACAAUCAUGUCCACCUCCAUCCUCUACUUUCUGGGCCAAAUUUCAAUGCACAACCCUGAGGUCAUCAAGAACAUCUUUGAAAGGAUGAGCCACGCCUUCCUAAUCUUCCCCCAGUUCAACUUCGGGAAUGGGCUGAUGCAGCUGGCUAGGAUGAACAUAGAGGUCCAGAUCCUCAGUGGCUACAACAUUGAUGCCUAUGUAAACCCGUUCUCCACAGACGCCCUUGGCUGGAUGUUCAUCUCCUCCUUCAUCCAAGGCGUGGUCUUCUUUACCCUGCGUCUCCUGCUCAACAAGUUCCUCAUGCGCAAAGUCAGGCAUCUGAUUUGUGGCAGAAGGACAGUGCCUCAGGUGUCUUGUGAGGAUGAGGAUGAGGAUGUGGCAGCCGAGCACCUUCGGGUGGCCAGUGGAGCAGCCAGCUCAGAUGUACUGCAAGUCAGCCAGCUCUCUAAGGUCUAUCAGCACCUGAAGAGGAGGGUCCAUGCUGUCAAGAGGCUCUCUGUGGGCGUCCCUGCCGGAGAGUGCUUUGGUCUGCUGGGAGUGAACGGAGCAGGAAAAACUACCACCUUCAAGAUGCUGACUGGAGAUGUUAGCCCCACUGAUGGCACAGCACAGAUCAGGGACUGGGAUGGGCGGCUGGUAGACAUCAUGGAGUGUCGUAACCAGGGAAUUAACAUCGGCUACUGUCCCCAGGUGGAUGCCCUGGACAAUCUGCUCACUGGAGAGGAGCACUUGUACUUCUACGCUCGCAUUCGAGGCAUCUCAAAGAGGGAGAUAGAGAGGGUGGUGAACUACCUACUGAGGAGGCUGGAGCUGAACUACCACAGAAACAUCAUUACAGAUGGUUACAGCUGCGGCACCCGCAGGAAGCUCUCUACGGCGCUGGCUCUCAUCGGGCAUCCACAGAUCCUGCUCCUGGAUGAACCGAGCUCUGGCAUGGACCCUCGCACCAAGCGUCACCUGUGGAAAAUCAUCUCUGAAGAAGUGAAAGGAAAAUGUGCUGUGGUCCUCACUUCUCACAGCAUGGAGGAGUGUGAGGCACUGUGUAGCCGUCUUGCCAUCAUGGUGAAAGGUCAGUUCCGAUGCCUGGGCUCCCUGCAGCACAUUAAGAACAGGUUUGGCAGCGGGUUCACCGUGAAGAUGUACUUGGCCGACGCCUCCUGUGAUGCAGAGGCAAUCACUGGCUUCAUGCAGCGCAGAUUCCCCAGCACUUAUCUCAAGGUGAGCUUUGUAAGCUAUACAAAGCAGCCAAGAGCACUUGGUAGAGAAGAGAGGAAAGACUAUGUACCAAAUAAAAUACAUUUGUGCAAUUUGCUGUGUAUGAGUAUACAUAAAUGUCUCGAGGUAAAGAUAAAGGAGGAAGUAACUUGAGAUACUUUAUGGCAAAAUAAGCUUUAUGUUGGCAUUACUUUUUUCUCACUUACAAUGGGCCUGACCACAAAGUCAACAGAUCUCAAAUCCCACUAGAUAAUUUUGACCACUUGGGGGGCGUAAAACAAGUUAGAAACACAACACUAACAUAUCAUCAGUUUAUAAAGUUGUUAAGGUGAACAUGCUAGUUGCCUAUUUACGCAUCUCUGUUUUUUUGUUUUUGUCUCCAUCAACUCCUAAGGGAAAUAUAUUGCUCUUUACCUGCAAAAUGCUCCACCACCAAGCUAGUCGCUAACAUUCAGUUGAUCGGCACUGGGCAGAGUGCAUACCAUGGGUUCAUCUGAGGGUUUUCACUGUAUUUUACAGUAUUCUGUGGUUAUUAGAGUAUUUACUAGUUGUGCAUUGUUUCCCUACACACAGGACCAGCAUUCCUACUAUGGUGGAGUACCACGUACCAGUUGCUCCAGGAGGGGUGGCCGACAUCUUCAACCAGCUGGAGUCACACAAGAAUGCUCUGCAGAUCAAACACUUCUCUGUGAGCCAGACCACACUGGAUGAGGUCUUCAUCAACUUUGCCAUGGGAAAAAUUGGCAUGGAAACCAUACCAAUUCAUGAUGAAGAUGAGUGUGAUGACCCAGACUUCAUUAAGGCAGUACAAACAUAGUCAUCUUUUCUUUGCCACCUUAUCUACAUCCACUGUGAAAUGAAACACAGUGACUGUUAAUAGUAAAUCUGCAAGUAAGGUAUCCUUACCAAACUUAAACUCUAAAUGAAAAGUAGAAUGCAGUUGAUAAAUUGAAGUCUUAAGUUUAUUUACUUGAUUCCUAUCUUAUGUGUGACACAGACAACACCUGUAUGUUUACCUUUAAUUCUCAAGAUAUUUUUUAUUUAUGAAGGAUAAAAUCAGUUAUAUCGGCUGUUAAUUUCUCAGUGGUUGGGGCACUGUUAAACCAUUGUAAGUUAAAAAUGUUAUGUAUUUUCUGUUAUAGAAUCAUUCUCAUUUGAUUUUACAUCAUCUUAAAGCACGUACAGUAAAUAUGCUACAUAAAAUAUAGAAUAUAAAUAUCUUUUUUUUUUUUUUUUAAAUCUGAGGGACAUGUAAUUGUGUGUACUGGAUUAAAAAAAGAAAUUCACAUGCAGAAGAACAUCCUCAAUGUGCACUUUUCCCCCUACUCAUUAAUACUUCUUCUAAGGGCAUAUCCAACUUUUAGAAUGAAUAAACUGAAUAUUUAAUGUACUCUUUCCCACUUAUGGACCAGUUCCAAGUGGUCUUGAAUGUAUCAAGCCCAUUUUUAUAAUCCAAAUAAAGCUAUGCAACUGUC